UGCUGAGAAGCUGCCAGGCCUGUCAGGCCAGCUUUUUGUUCUGUCCUUGUCUGGCACAUAUGUGGCAUGAAUUAAAAAUGAGCUCUCUCUACUUGUAAAGGAGAGGACUCAAGUUUUCUUUCCCCCGAAAUCACAGCUGGAGCGUUCCGAGAUUAAUGAAACAAGUUUGAAACAAGUUAACUUCUUGUACUUGUAUUUUUAGUUCCAUCCAAAGUGAUAAAUGUUAAAGCUUUAGCUUUACCGACUUUAUGUUGCUCAAAGGCUUCUCGCUGAAUAUGGUGCUUAACAUUGCAAAGUGAAAAAAUUGUACUUGGCGUUGGAGCAGUGUGAUGGACCAUUAAGCUCCAGAAACUGGCAUUGAGCUGCAGUUACGCACAUAAAAUCUUGCCAGGUGGCAAUUUUGUUCCGUUUUUUAAAAGUCAUUUGGCGAUCUGCAAGCAUGGAAAUGACGUGCUUAGAAAAACUGAAAAGAGUCAGCUGGCAAAUCAUGAUGCCUGGCUGGUAUCUGUGUGAAUGCUCAUGUUUUAAUGCCAUUGAGGAUGCUAGACGUACAAUCCAUUUUGACUGGGUGAGGCCAAUGAACGUCCGCUGUCAAAAUGGAUUGAACAUCUAACGCUGUCAAUGGCAGGUAAAUUAGAGCUACCAUGAUGAACUAGGUAAUCAUUUAGCUAAUGAAUUGUGAUAGCCAAUAAACUUUACAGACAUUGUUGAUCUCAAAAUUGUGCAAAUUCUUUUUUGAAUCUCCAAUAACAGGUUUUUCUUUUUCGCACUAUUUUUUUCUCCUUAAAAAAGGCGGGAAACAGGAAAUACUCUUUUUUUUUAACCAUUCUUUUAAAUUGUUUUUUUUUAUUUUUAAAAUAAGGGGGUGGUAAACAUUCUCUUUUUUAUGUAAUUUUUAAAGGAAAAGGAAUAAACAGUAAAUAUUCUCUUUCAAGUUUUUUUUCAUUUAGUUAAAAACAUUUUUAAAAACUACCUAUUUUCCGAUUUUUGGAUAACAGAAACUUUAUAGAUUUUUAUUUCAGCGCAAAACAUGUAGUUAAAGAGCAUACGACAGGAGAAAAAAAGUCUUAAAUGGCAUUAUUAUGUGAAUUAGAAUAUUAUUUUGAGACGAUUCGACUAUAUACAACAAUUUACCAAAGCGCAGAUGACGAAAAAUUAGUCUUUUAAUCUGCCGGGUAGCCACGCCUACCAUUAUAGGGCUUUAGCGUCCCCAACAGGUGGAUGACGUCAGCGGUAGACUGGGCUCAUCGGUUUUACUAUUCAGCCCAUUGAGGGGGAAUUAUUCAGAACGAGGAAAACGCGACGAAGAGAGCUGCAAAAUGUCAUUGUUUCAGUCUCUCUACUCCAAUAUUUUUACUGGAUAUUCUUUUUAUCCAAGUAUUUUUCCCUAAUAGCUAUAUAAAUGGCUUGAGAAGGACCAGUCAGCCCAUCGAGGGGGAACUAUUCACAACGAGGAAAACGCUACGAAGAGAGCUGCAAAAUUUCAUUGUUUCUGUCUCUUUACUUCAAUAUUUUUACAGGAUAUUCUUUUUAUCCAAGUAUUUUCCCCAAUUGCUAAAUAAAUGGCAUGGUCAUGACAAAUAACAGUCUUGUGCUAAAUGGAAUAUGAAAUAAUAAAAAUGCAUCUUUUCAGGACGACAUGGCAAAAUUACUCCAUAAUGGUCAAAACUGUCGACUUCACCUUUACCGUCGCACCUCCCGAACGAUAUUUUAUGACACCUAAAUCGGACAUAUGUCAUUUCCCUUCCCCGGCUUCGGAGAAUGUAAACAAACCAAAAGGUGUGACAGCUAGCCGACAUGCUAACCCGAACUGAGUGGUGUUUCAAAGUCUUCGAAGCGGAAAAUCACACAUAACUAGCCUGGAUUAUUUGACAUGACGACUGGGUUGUCGAUUGUCUUUGAGGAUCGGCAAACCGCCCGGCGGAGAGCAAUUUACAGUUUGUUCCCUGGAGGAGGGUGGCUGCAGUUGUUGUGCAGCUAACGUGCUGCUAAUGUGCAUGAGGAGAGCUUUUUACAUGCCUAUCAAUGUUCAAACAUAAGUAGUCCUUUAUUUAAAGAAAGUUUGUAGUGUUUACUUUGUAAUAGCUGUAUUAAUAUUUGACAUAAUACUAAACAAGAUGUUUACUUACUUCCUCGUAAGUCCAAUGGUCCCACAGUAGUCGUCAGGCUUGUUUUGGCCAAUAUCCACGAUGAAUGGGAACCUUUUGAAACUCCAAAAAGGCGCAUACGCUUCUCCCUCAUACAGAAUGAUUUUUCUGCAGCCGUUUGGCUGGCGUGAUGCGAAAAAUAAACGUAUUAAUCCGCAAAAUCAGCUGAAUCCUUCGUCCUUAUACACAAAAGUACGCUGUAUAGUGAAGAGGACGCCUUCUACCGUACACGUCACAGCGCCCUCCUUCUCAAUGCAAGACCGAAACCGGAAGUCACUCAUUUUCAUGGCAUGGGAUUAAAAAAACUAAAUAAAUAUAGUGAUCGCUUCCACACACCUCCAAGCGGUCCAUAUCAUUCAGGAGCAUAAAAUACCGCGUGUAUUACGAAAUAAACAUGCUUUUUCGUGUCACAUGCACUUUAACUCACAUGAUUUGCUUACACGGGCCAUGGAAAAUGAUACUACAGUUCGCAUCUGGAACCCGGGGCCGCCAGUUUGACAUCCCUGCCUUACAUCAACAUCCGUUAUCUAAAUUGAAACUUAGACAAAAUCAUCCAUGACCAUGUGGUCUCCUCAAUCUAUCAACCCUUCAAAAGCCUUCUGUGGCCUUCCUCCUAUUGCGCUCACCUAUCAAAACUCACCAGCUGUGACCUUUAUGCGUACAGUACAAGUGGGUAAGAGCGGCGUUCGGCGGAUUUGCGCGCGAGUGCACCAGAAAGAGGCGGAGGGAGUUGAAAUGAACCAUCAUUGAAAUCGGCUGUCAUAAGUUGAGUGGAGACACAGUGAGUGAUGGAGUGCACGCGCUGGAGCGCAGCCGAGCCCCCCUCAAGUGUCCGAAUAAUAUCCUGACGAGAUGUCAGUCCGAGAGUGUGCCGGACUUUUAAGAGGCACAGUUUAGUCUGCGUUUUAUCCCAGGACUUAACGAUGGAUCCUUGGAACACCGACUCCGAGGAUUCGCGCGGUUGGAGCGAUUCGUCGGAUGAAGACUGUCAAUCAGAAGGCGAAUCGAACUUCAAUUAUGAUCAAGUGGAAGACAUCAGGACUGCCAAUGUUAUUGCAGCAGAGGCGGUCACCUGCCUAGUUAUUGAUCGAGAUUCAUUUAAGCACCUGAUUGGAGGCUUAGAGGACGUUUCCAGCAAAGGCCACGAGGACGUUGACGCCAAAGCCAAGUAUGAAGCAGAGAACGCGUUUUUCUUCAAUCUUAACCUAGCCGAUUUCAACAUCAUCGACACUCUGGGGGUCGGCGGCUUUGGUCGUGUGGAGCUGGUUCAGCUCAAGAGUGACGAGAACAAAACCUUUGCCAUGAAAAUCCUUAAAAAGCGGCACAUCGUUGACACCAGGCAACAGGAGCACAUUCGCUCCGAGAAACUCAUUAUGCAGGAGGCCCACUCCGAUUUCAUUGUUAGACUCUAUAGAACGUUUAAGGACAGCAAGUACCUCUACAUGCUGAUGGAAGCCUGCUUAGGAGGAGAACUGUGGACCAUUCUUCGGGACCGUGGUUCAUUCGAGGACUCGACCACCAGGUUUUACACUGGCUGCGUGGUGGAGGCCUUCGCGUAUCUCCAUUCCAAAGGCAUCAUAUACAGAGACCUCAAACCAGAGAACCUUAUACUGGACCACAGGGGCUAUGCCAAACUGGUGGACUUUGGUUUCGCCAAAAAGAUCGGUUUCGGGAAGAAAACGUGGACUUUCUGCGGGACGCCUGAGUAUGUGGCGCCUGAGAUCAUCCUGAACAAAGGCCACGACAUCUCCGCUGAUUACUGGUCGCUGGGGAUCCUUAUGUUUGAGCUCCUGACUGGCAGCCCUCCAUUCUCUGGUCCCGAUCCAAUGAAGACGUACAACAUCAUCCUGAGAGGCAUCGACAUGAUCGAAUUCCCAAAGAAAAUUACCAAAAAUGCUGCCAACUUAAUCAAAAAGCUAUGCAGGGAUAAUCCUUCGGAACGACUGGGAAACUUGAAAAAUGGUGUCAAAGACAUCCAAAAGCACAAAUGGUUUGAGGGCUUUAACUGGGAAGGCUUGAAGAAGGGAACUCUGACACCACCUAUCAUCCCCAACGUCACCUCAGCGGUCGACACGAGUAACUUCGACAGCUUCCCGGAGGACAACGAAGACCCGCCGCCGGACGACAACUCGGGCUGGGAUGUCGAUUUUUGAAGUUUCUCCCAGAGAACCCAACAAAAACUUGCUCACAGCUAAGGGUACGGUAUUUUGAAAAAUGCAGACAUGAAGAAGAAAAAGAUGUAACUGACGGAUGGUUCGCCCGACUGGGUCACCGAUAUGCCUUUAUUUCACUGUGGCCCCGGAACAAGCAUUUAUAGCGGACGGCUGUAGCAUACGUCGGCGCUCCAAGGCGGACAACGUGCAGGGAGAUGCGCGCGAAAACAUGGCCAACGACCGGGCCAGCAUUCCUGCGCGGCGGGGUGGCGAAUUGUUUUUUUCUGUGUUGUUUUUUAGGAAUUAAAAAAAAAGACGUGUGAUAUGUCAAAUGUUGUGUUGCGAUCAUGCGCUCGCUUCUCCCGUUGUACAAGUGCUCUCGACUAACCUGAAUGUCACCUGUGGCCGCAUUUACAUACAGUCGUAGGGAAUAUUACAAAGGAGACAUAUUAUGAAACACACAAAAAAAAAUCCAUAAUUGACGACUAAAAACUGGGUUUUAGCCACAGAAAAAUGCCACAAUAUGAAAGGAGACUUGCCUUAACUCUAAAUGAAGCACCUCCCCUUAUUUGAAUAAAGCCAAUUGGAGCCUUAAUACCACUAGAUGGCGCCAAAGCACUAUUUUAUAUUGGCAUAAAAAGGAUUUUGAACCGUUUUUCCAGAAAAAAAUUGAAAUGGAAAGAGGGGUGUAACAGUGAAAAGUGGCAGUAUAAGAGGACAAAAUGCAGAUAAAUUCAUCUUAAAUGAUUGGUUCUGACUAACUACAAUAGUUGUCUAAUCCAGUUGGACUGGCAAUGAUCAUUGGCUGUAUUUUGAGCCCUUUUACUGUCAUGUCUUCCCAGUCUACUUGCCUGCCAAUGACAGUCAUGGACAUUCAAUCCACUUACUGGUUUAGGCUGGCAGCUAUCAUUUUUUGCCCUCUUGGAAAGCAAGGAAUCAGGGCACAGAUUGUUUUUCCUUCGUCCACUCUCAUAUUUUCAGUUUUCCACCUAAGGAAUCGCGGUUCCAAUGAUUUGUUUUUCCCUUUAUCCUUGGUGUCAAAAUGGAUCGGACACCUAUCGACUCCAACUUUCUUUUUUCCCAUGUAUCCACCAGCUCUUUUUACUUUUUGCACCUAAGGAGUCGGUGCACUGAUCCUGACUUUGGUAGGCGUUUCAUCAUGAAACUCCCAGUUAAUUUGGAUCUGAUAUCUAUUGCCACUGAAAAAUGAUUACUCACUGCCAAAUCAGAGUUUAGAAAUUUAAGAAUCCGUUUUCCAUAAUAUGUCCCCUUUAUGGUGUAUUGUGAGCACACAAAUAGCACAAACGUGUGUGCAGUCAAAGGAAGAAGACUGUCCAAGUGCCCUGUUUUAGAUGUCAGCUGACACAUGUGAAAUAAGAUUUCCAUGAGGUAAUGUGUCGUCCAUUAUGCACUCCCAAUUACGUUUCUUUUCAAAAUCACAAAAUACUCUUUGUAUCGUCACAUCAGGUUGUACAGCUCCAACUGUGAACACGGUGUCAAUGUCUUUGGGUGCUGUUAUGCAUUCAUGACCACAAAGAAGAGACGCUGUGACACGACAGUGUUGAUUUUUUUUUUUUUUUUUUGUAAAGUUAUUUCUCUCCUGUGCUUGGUUUUCAUUGUUGUUACUACUGGAUAUUCUAUUUUGUGCUGGGGAUUUUCGGGUGUGUUUUCUCCCAUGACAUCUGCAUGAUUUGAAGGCAGUCACUUGUCACAUCCCAACAAUCAAGAGCAUAAAAUGUUAGUGCCUUAAAUCAACGGCAUACAAAUCAUCGUCAAAAGGCCUUUUUGAUGCUGCAUGAACGCGCACACCUUAAACGUACACCUCAUUCUAUACCAGUUCUUCACGUAAGUCAAAAAGAUAUUGGAUGCAACUGCAAUGACAUGCUUUUCACUUUAAUAUUAAGUCACACACAUAUAAGCAGGAAUGAUUUGCAGUUGUGGACUUGAUUGUUUUUUUUUUUUUUUUUUUAAAUAUUUGUCACAGUCCAUACAUGACAUCAUGGAAAGAAAUAGAACGACUGAAAUAUUUAUUAUGAUGUGUUUUUUUUUAGCCUCAUCACACUCUACACUCACCUGCAUUAAAAGGACCAAUUGGAAUACAGCAGCCUCGCCAUUUGAUCUAAGAAAAAAAUAGUUGUGUUAAUUUAUUAUUGUUCAAUUAAGUUAAAAUGAAAAGAUACGUAAGUGGAUUCAUAUAAUUGGACCAUCUUUGCAAUGUUUGUUUUGCCGUAUAUUUGCCUUGUGUUAUUGUUAUGUUGCUGUAAAUUAAUUUUGCAAAGUGCCACGAGUAUGAAUUUUGGGGAUUAUAGAGUUUAAUAAACAAUCUGUGUUCGUGUUUUUACUGAGCAAAACUCCCCCAUAUACAAAUAUAUACCAUACACCGAAACUCGGGAAACACAUCAACAGCCUUCCUACUGUUAAAAAGUUUUAACGACCUCCCUGUUAUCUUAUUGGUCAAAUUUAUUUAUUUUUAAAGUUCAAAACUAUUUGUUUUAAAUGUUUUCUUU